UCGCAAGCAUGGCGGACGCCGGAUUCUUUCGGGGUACCAGUUACGACCAGGACAAUCGGUUUGCUAACAAGCAGAAGAAACUAAUGAAGAACAUGAAGUUUGCUGCUGUGCUAGAAAAGAAGGUGAGCACCAGUAAGAUCCAAAUGGACACGCUCAAACCAUGGAUCACAAAGAAAGUCACAGAGAUGUUGGGAAUCGAAGACGAUGUACUGAUAGAGUUCAUCUUCAAUCAGCUGGAGGAAGAGAAUCCCAACCCAAAGACAAUGCAGAUCAACCUGACCGGGUUUCUGAAUGCUAAGAAUGCCAUGAGAUUCAUGUCGGAACUUUGGGACCUUCUGACGAGUGCACAGGACAACAUUGCUGGCAUCCCAGCUGCCUUCUUGGAGCAGAAGAAAGAAGAGAUCAAGAAGAGACAGCUGGAGCAGGAACGCAUUCAAACAGGACUCAAGCAGCUGCAAGAAAAGGAGGAGAAAGACAAGAAGGAGUCGUCAAGGAGUCGCCAUGACAGCGAUAAGGACGACAACGGAGACAGGGAUCGGAAGGACCGGAGGAGCAGAGACAAGAAAGACGAUGGGAUGAAUGGAGGCGGAGACAGGGAAAGAUCUGGUUCCAAGACUCCUGAUAAAAAGAUUCAUGCUCGUCCUGGGAAGUGGGACUGGGAGCCUCACAAGUCGCCAGAGAAGAAGGAAGGUCGUGGGUCAAGAUCGCGUUCGAGUUCUCGCAGUGGAUCUGAAUCCCCAAAGACCAAACCUAAGACGGACGACAAGGAGAACGCCUCCCCAUCGGGCAAGGAUGAUGACAAACCUACCAUGGACAAGGCGGAAAAAACCAGUGACAAGGAUUCCGACGCUGAAGAUGUUAAGAAGGACGAGGAUGCAAAGAAGAAGAAGAGCCGUCGCCGAUACUCCUCUAGCUCGUCAUCGAGCAACAGCUCAAGGAGUCGUAGCCGUUCUAGGUCCAGGGAAAGGGAUAGACGAAGGAACAGGUCGCGUUCCAAAUCUGCUAAGAGAAAGAAGACCAGGCGCCGUUCGCGCACUCCUCGUAGGUCACGGUCACGCUCACCAAGACGACGACCCUCCCCAAGGCGUCGUUCUCCUCGCCGUCGAUCGAGGUCUCCUUUUAACCCGAGACGCAGAAGGAGUCCGUCACCACGGUAUCGUUCAAGAUCAUCCCCAAGACGAAGAUCACGGUCACCGAGACGUCGUUCUCCAUCACCGCGGAGAAGGCGGCCAUCACCACGGAGGCGUAGUCCCUCUCCAAGAAGGAGGAGUAGAUCUCCAAGGAGACGCAGCCCAUCUCCGAGGAGGCGCAUUGAGAGAAGGCGCUCGCCCAAGAGAAGCCCAUCUCCACGCAGACCUCGUACUCGACCACGGAGAGACUCCAGCAGCUCCAACUCUGAUUCCUCGGCCUCCUCUGGUUCCUCACGAGGCCCAUCUCCUUCUCCAACCAAGAAGAAAACCAAGACCAAGGAGAAAUCUAAAAGUCCUUCCCCUGUAAAGAAGCAGAAGUCUCCAGGGAAGUCUUCUGGUGAGGAGGAGAAAAGCGGAAGCAGCGACGACAGCGCUGGGUCAGAGUCCCCUCCUCCGUCUCACUUCAAAUCCAAGGAGAAGAAGAAAGAGAAGAGUGAGGAGACUAAGGAUCAGAAAGAUUCUGACGACAGUUCUCCUGAAAAGACCGAGGAAUCGAAACCUGUGGUGGUGAAGAAGUCUCGCUUUCCCCAACGCCACUACCGGCGUCAUUCAUCAACAGGAUCCUCUUCAUCGGACUCUGACAGUGGAAAGGAGACCACUAAGAUGUCGGGACGAAGGAGAAAUGCUCGUUCCAUUUCUCGAUCUCCAAAGAGACGUCGCCGCAGUAUCACCCCAAGGAGAAGGAGAUCACCUUCACCAUACAGACCUCCACCACGUCGACGUUUCCGCUCCCCCAGUCCAUACAGGCGUCGGAGAUCCCCAACACCUCCGAGACGUUAUCGCUCACCUCCAAGACGUCGCAGGACACCCUCCCCAAGACGACGCAGGUCUCCUUCGCCAGCUUACCGAAGACGAAGUCUUACCCCCGAGAGAAGACGUAGCCCUGUAAGAAGUAGAAGAACCCCAACCCCCAAGAAGAGAUCAUCAAGACGCCAAAGCUCAAGCCCUGCUGAGAGACGUAGACAAUCUGGUGAUAGAGGUAGAGAGUCCCGUGAGAAAGAUGAUACUCAAUCCAAGAAAAAGAAGAAGGAAGUUGUGGAGUCCCCACCACGCAGGGCAAAAGAAAAACGUCGCGUCCAAUCAGAUUCCAGUGAUAGUUCAUCUGACGAGGAUAGCCCAUCCCCUGAACAGUCGACCAAAAAGAAUAAGAGCCCAGUUGUGGACAGGCAAAAGAGAAGCCGCACACCAGAAAUAAGCAAGAGAAGCCUAGAGAAGCGCAACAGAAGUGCAACCCUAGACAAACGUCAACAGAGUCCAGCUCAUAGUAAACGCGAGAGAAGACGAAGUCCAAGCUCAGAAAGACGCAAAAGAAGUUCCUCCCCAGAGAAGCGAAGUCCCACUCCUGAGAAGCGGAGAAGCCUAACCACUGACAAACAAAGAAGCCCUUCCCCCGAAAAACGAAGAAAAAGAAGCCCUACACCUGAAAAGCGAAGAAGAAGCCCUUCCCCUGAAAAACGACGAAGAAGUCCAGAGCGUCGCAGAAGAAGCCCCCCUACUCCUGACAAACAUAAAAGCCCUACACCAGAAAGGCGUCGUCGUAGCCCGCGUAGAAGAAGCUUUACCCCAGAGAAGCAACACAAAAAAUCCUUCUCUGAAACCAGAAAGCGAGAUCACUCCCCAGAAAUCGCCUCCCAACAGCGCCCAGGCGGAAAAUGGGAAAACAGCCCUGAUGUUGAGAAGAUAGAUCGUAGACGUAGCCAUUUAUCUCCCGAGAACAGAUCCCCAUCCCCGGAGAGGAAGUUAUCAUCUUCGGACAAACGGAAAUCAAGACGCAGUCCCUCUCUAUCGCCAGUGUCUAAAGUUCGCACACAGUCGGCUAGUCCUAGACCACAGAAAGUUGUAAAGAGAUCAAGAUCUUCAUCGGAGAGUCCCGAGCCGACCCCUGUGAAAUCUAAGAAGACCAAGGAGGCUAGCGAUUCAGCAAGGGGUUCUGACUCUGAUGGCGGCAAGGAUGCCAAGAAGAAGGAUAAGAAGAAGCACAAGAAACACAAGAAACAUAAGAAACACAAGAAACACAAGAAGCAGAAGAAGGACCAAGACAAUCAGGAUUCAGAGAGUGAAGGCGAGAAAAUGGAGCGAGAACUCCGCGAGAAAGCUCUUCAAUCUUUGAAACGGACCCAGUCUCACGAGGACUCAUAAGUAGAUCCACGUAAUUACCAAGUACCGAUUAUGCUCGUUGUAUAGCUUGACUGGCAGGGCCCAAUUUCAUUGAGUUGCUAAAGCAGAAAAUACUGUGUAAACAAAUUCUGCUUAUCAAAAAUUAACUGGAUACCUGCCACAGAUUGUACAUUUGAGAUGGUAUUGUACUUGAUAACCUUAUUCUAUUUAGCAUAAUUAUUUUGUGCUUCUGUUUUGUGUUUCGCAGCUCUAUGACUUUGGGCGCUGGUGGCACCUUGUCCAUUUGGAAUAACAAGUUAUUAGAGUACACACUGUUCAGGUCUGGAAUUUCAUCAUCACUGAGAGAGGGCAUGGCCAUUUUAAUUUUGCAAAGGGCUUUUCCAUGACAACAUCUCAAAAGUCUAUGGGGAACUUUUAAAAGGGCACCGACUUGGGCCCCUUCAUUUCAUUAAGCUGUUCAGCAGAAAAUAAUUCUUAGCAAAUUUCUUUACCGAGCAAAACACGAGUUGAGAACCAGUGGCAGCAAUGUAAACUUUAUGAUAUUUUGGUCGGUAACCUGUUUUGACCAAGAAAUAUUUUCCUGCCCUGAGCAAGAUUUUGUGCUUACUGCCCUUAUGAUUUUGGGCCCUGGGCAACAGAGACCCUUGCCUCUGUGAAAUUCCAGGUCUUAAAGGUUUAUCAGUACCCAUCCAUAACUUCUCCUCCUUUUCAGUGUUGUCACCACUGAAGUAUUCCAUAUUAAAGCUUUAAAAACCUCAUUUUGUUUUGACAUUUGUUUUAUACUUUUUUUGUAAUAGUGUGAAUGAUUCUCGCCAUUGAGCCUGGUAUAUACUUCUUGUGAAUCCUUUGUGUGAAGCGAAUUUGACAUCACAACUCUGUUUUCGCUGCGAAUGUAUCACUUGAGUUCAGCAGCUGAACUAUUAGGAAUUGUCUGCUGUGAAUUUGCGACUUCAAAAUUCGCAUCACAUUUGCAGGAAGUAUGAACCGGGCUUUUAAUAAAGUAAAUAUCUUGGUGUAGAAAUUAGGGUGUCAAUUUAAUAGACUUAAUUACAUGAUUGGUCAUUAUCAGAAAGAACAAAUUAUUAGUUUCAAUCUACAAAGCUCACUGAAUCAGUUCAUACAUAGGCCUAUAGAAAUAAAAAAUAUUUUCUUCAAAAGUUUUGAAAAUUAACCGUGGAAUGCCCUCAAAAUCAUCACGGCUUAUUUUGAUUGCUGCAACCAAAACAAUUUUUACCAAAAUAAUGUGAACUGUUAAGGCCACCCUAAUUGGGUUGAUUUUUUGUUGGUUGUAUCGGGAGCUUAUUGAAAAUAGAGGUCGUUAGUGUAAUUGAAUUAAUUGUUCUUUGAAUAACAUGAUCCACCAAACGUGUCAAGUUGCUUUCUCUUCUUGUUUUGCUAUAAAGUAACAAGCAUUGGGAUAGUCACAAUCUUUAAGGGUUUUAAUUGUUAAUUGUGGUUUUUUUCGCUCGCUAGUAACAAAAAAAAACAGUAGAAGCUAUUAAACAACAUGGUAACUACACAGAAUUGCUUUUUUUAACUGCAGGAUACAGUUUUGGUAAUUGUCAACGACCAGAUCCCAACAUAUGCAUAAAAUAACAAACGCCAUAAAGGAAACGAUUUUGUCAAGCACUUUUGCAUAGCAAAAUAUGUCGACUGAACAUUUGUUGUGCACACUAACUGGUAAUGAUGAGUAGCAUAUUAUUAUGUGCUAGUAGCAACUGAAACAUUUUGUGCAGCAAUUUUGUCUCAAUUGAUCAUUGAAUUUGCAAUGAAAUAAUGAAAGAAAAUUCCCCUUGUUGCAUAGAAUUGUGUAUUAGAUGGGCUAAAGCCUGAAGCCUUUCUCAUUUCAAAUUUUGUUGGGGUAAAGGUAUUUCCUUUCUUUUAAAUUUCAUAACUUCAAUGAUGUGGUUUCUUAGAAUGUUGUAAACACAUCAACAUCUCUCCGGUACUCUCUCCUACUAAGUAAAUGUUUAGUCGUUAAUUUUUAGAGCAAUUACCAAAAUGACACCCUGCAUUUAAAGGGUUAUUUUCCAGUUUUGCACAAGUUGAACUGUGGGUGCGAACCUCAUUGGUCGCAAAUGUAAAUAGUGAGAGGCGAGACAAAACUCUUCCAUUUUAUAGUAUGUUGUAUGAUUGAUUUAAUUACAAUAAUAUUGGGCCACCCUAAUUUCACCAGCAAAAGCUUCUAAAACAUGAUGUUUGGGUUGUUGCUAAAAUGUAAUGUGAAAAAGGAACUAAA